AUGCUCCGCCUGGGCCCCGCGCUCCUGGCCCGCCUGGCCCGCGCCCCGCUCCGCGCCCCGCUGCGGCCGUGCGGAGCGGCGGCGGCGGGCCAUGGCGACGAGCAGGAGCAGGAGCGCUUCGUCUUCCUCGAGUACGAGCCGGACGCGGCUGAGAGAGCGGCGGCGGCAGCGCUGCGCCGGGAGCGGGAGCUGAAGGUGAAGCCGAAGCCGCGGCGGGAGCGGGGCGCGGCGGCGGCAGCGCCGAGCCUGUCCGACCCGUCGGUGCCGCCGAGCGGCGUGAGCUGCUCGGGCUGCGGGGCCGAGCUGCAGUGCGGGGACGGCGGCGCGCCGGGCUUCGUGCCGGCCGAGCGGUACCGCAGCCUGGUGUCCGAGGGCCCCGCGGGGCUGCGCGGCGCCGUGUGCCAGCGGUGCUGGGCGCUGGCGCACCACGGCAGCGCGCUGCGGCUGCGGCUGCCGCCCGAGCAGCACCGGCGCGUGGUGAGCGCGGCCCUGCGCCGCCCGCCCCGCCACGGCCGCGGGCCGCUGCUGCUCUACGUGCUCGACGUGAUGGAGCUGCCCGACCCCGUGCUGCCGCAGCUGCCCGCGCUGCUGGGCCCCGACGUGCCCACCGCCGGCGUGCUGGUGGUGGGCAACAAGGUGGACCUGCUGCCCGCGGACUGCCGCGGGCACCUGGGGCGGCUGCGGCAGCGGGUGGCGGCCGCCUGCGCCCGGGCCGGGCUGCGGGGAGCCGCGCUGGUGGACAUCCGCCUGGUGAGCGCCAAGACCGGCUACGGCGUGGAGGGGCUGGUCAGCCGGCUGCAGCGCUCCUGGAAGUGCGCCGGAGAUGUCUACCUGCUGGGCGCCACCAACUCCGGCAAGUCCACGCUCUUCAACACCCUGCUGCGCUCCGACUACUGCAAGUCCCGCGCCCCCGACAUCAUCGACAGGGCCACCGUGUCCCCCUGGCCAGGAACAACACUGAACCUGUUGAAAUUUCCAAUUAUUAACCCUACGUGUGACAGGAUAUUCCGAAGGCAGGAGAGGCUAAAAGAAGAGGCAACAAAAACAGAAGAUCAGCUAAGCAAUGAAGAAAAAAAGUACCUUAAUCAACUUAAAAAGCAGGGUUACCUAGUGGGAAGAGUUGGAAGAACAUUUCAACAGCAGAAGCCUAGUGCUGAGAUUGACUUCGACCCUGACACACUCUCUUACAGCAUGGAUGAAGAUCCUAGAGAUGCCCCUAAGAAGCCUGAGGAAAGGGAGGAGUUCACUCACAAUGAAGUGAAGGAUGCUCGGUGGUGUUUUGACACUCCAGGAAUUGUAAAGGAAGACUGUGUUUUGAAUCUCCUAACAGAGAAGGAAGUAAAGCUGGUUUUGCCAUCACAUGCCAUUGUUCCACGGACCUUCAUUCUCAAGCCAGGAAUGGUGUUGUUUUUAGCAGCCUUGGGACGUAUAGACUACUUAGAGGGAGAAAAGCCUGCCUGGUUUUCUGUCUUGGCUUCUAACCUGUUGCCAGUCCAUGUUACUACACUGAGUAAUGCAGACACCCUCUAUGAGAAGCAUGCAGGCCAAGAGUUCCUCAAGGUUCCCAUGGGUGGGGAAGAGAGAAUGAAAGAGUUCCCCCCACUUGUCCCUCAAGACAUUACACUGAAAGGAAUUGGUACCACUGAGGCAGUUGCAGAUAUCAAACUUUCCUCUGCAGGCUGGGUGGCAGUGACAGCUCACGAGGAAGAGGAAUUGCUGCUCCGAGCCUACACUCCCAAGGGCACUGCAUUGGUGGUGAGGGAGCCUCCCCUUCUGCCUUACAUCAGUGCCAUCAGAGGGGCCAGGAUCCCAGGCACUCCUGCCUACAGGACCAAAAAGCCUCCUUCCUUUGUCGAAAAUCUAAGAACCACUGGAAGCAGAUAGCGUUUCUCAUCAUCCGAGCAAGGCAGAAGCCAGAACAGCCCCUGGAGAACCUUGUGACUUACUGCUAUUCAGAAAAUGUUGGGACUCAUUUUGAAAGGCCAGCAGGCACGUUUUGGAAAGCAGGGGGAGCUCCACAAGUCCACAUGUGAUCCAGCUGCUGAACUGCAGCCAUUUUGAAUGAACGGAGGGACUGGGACCUUGCUUUGGGAGGAGAAACUGCUUCUCCCUGGGAUCUGCAUCAAUGGGCAGAUCCCUUUACCUGUUCCCUCAUGAAAUACGGGGUGGAUCUCACCUGCCUGACCUGGUCUGAAUUUGCUGCUCACAGAGUAGGUGGUUUCUUGCAGGCAUGCUCCCUGAUGUCAGAAAUGGUUACCUUGUUUUUAAGGUGUUUACAUAGCUAAAUGGGGGUGGAGGGAGUAGGAACGAGCAGGGAAUGCUCCAGUGUGGGUGUGACCCUCCUAGUGGCUGAUACUGAUACAACAACAUUGACCAGAAGUGUCCUUUCUCUCCUUCAGCAUCUGGAGCAGAUUAGGUGAUUUUGGACACAGGAAAAGUGAUUUAAUGAAAAGCAGGUCUGCUCAUGUGCUUGAAGAGGAAAGUUUUGCAAUUCACUGCUUUGAUUUGGUUUCUGUAGCUUGGGUACAGGUUUUUGAAACCAAGGGCAUAGAAUAAAACUUCUCAAAGACCAUCUUUUGUUGACCUAGUUGACAAAGCACUCUUUGUGUGGAUAUGAGCAUCUUGCUAAACACAUGAAAGCUCCAGUGCAAUAAUAAACAUGCUCAAUCUGCCAAAGACAGGCAGAUUGUGAGAGACACAUGGCCAGUCAGUCUGCUGAAAAAGAGGCAAAAAAAAGUAUCUUCUAAUCUUCCUACCAUUUCACUGAUGUUUUCCUCAGUCAGAGGUGGCUCUGCUGUCCUUGGGUCUUUGGCUGUUGUCCUGAGGAAGCCUGGGUGAGCAGCAGAAAUCAUUGGCUUAUUCAGCAUCCUCUUCUCACCAUUGUUGCCUGUGGGACAGUGUAUUUGCAUUCCUAUAGGGAAACCUGUCCCUUUUCCCUGCUCUUUGUUUCCCCCCAUUUUAAGCCCAGAAUCCACCAUGUGGGUCUGUCUGCAGCCCCUGCUCAGGGCUGCUAUCAUCCCCUAUGUGAAGCUGCUGGGACUUUUGUGGAGCCACUUUCUGUGCUCUGCCACUUCCUUCAGCUCUUCCUUGCCCUGCACUGCCACCUCCUUCCCUGCUCCCCACGCUGGGGGCUGGGGAGAUGGGGUGGGCCAGGUGGGGCCAUGGUGGCUUUGAGAAACUCUUGGUUCAGCACUGUCCUGGGGGAGUUCCCUGUCCUUGCUGGCACUGCCCAGUCCUCCCUGUGUGGAAAAUCAGUUGUUCUUUGUGAAGGUCAGUCUGCUGCCAGUGAAUCCAGGGAAUGUGGUUCACAUGUGUUCAGUCUGUGUCUAGACUAGAGUUCUUCCUGUACAUUAGACAAAAUAUGUGCACUCCCUCCUUGACUUCUCAGAAAGCCUUUUCUAGUUCUUUCUGGAAGAAAAAAAACCUAUGGCAGCAUGUUCCUCACUGCUCAGGCUGUGACUCACACAGCUCUCCCGUUUUCCUCUGUUUCUCUGUUGUGAAAGCCAGCGCAUGUGUGGCCACUCCUGGGCUGUGCUUGGCAAGCCUCAGAGCACAAGCAGCAAGAUCCAGAAUGUGUUUUUUCCAGCAUGGGUAUAUAGGACUGUAGCUGUCUUCCUGGCUGGAUUUCUUUGUGCUCUUGGCAGGCCUCACAUUUGGCUGCCAAAAUUACUGAAGGAGUUGCCAGCAGGACCGGUGUGAGGAUUAUCUGUUUUAGCUGUGUUAAUCUUCACAAUGCUGUGAUUUUCACUUUCCCCUUCACAAAGGGAAAAAGCACAUCUUUUUAAUGUUUAAGAACAAGAUUCUAGAAGCUUUUUUUUUUUUUUUGAGAGAGAUUCUUUUUAAAAUUACUUUUGCAGUGAUGGAAGAGAAAGUGCUGCAUUUAUCUCAACUGUUGUAAUAUACACAGCAAACCAACCCUGGUACAAAUUCUGCCCAUUCUUUUUGAGCAGGCCAUGGAUUUAUCAAACACUUUCCUUGACUUGCUCAUAGCUAAAUGGGAGAAUCGUGUUGCUUUGUGUAUUUCUUCAAGACUGGGUAUCUUGGAACAUUUUUAAGCUGACAAGAGGCUAAACAAUUUCUUUGUGUGUAGAAACAGCAUGAACAACUCCUGUUGUGCAGUUUAUGUCUUAGGCAAGAAUACUGAGAAGAAUGUAAAAGAAUACUGAGACAGGGACUUCUGAAUCUUGAACAAAUGCACCAAUCCAAACUUCUUCCUGCAUGAUUUACAUGUAUCAGAUGAUGGUGAGAGAGAGAAAGAGUAUCAAGAUCUGCCAGAACUUGCACCUUAAUAUCACAACCCAAAAGCAGGGGAAGGUAUUGAAAGAUACCAAAGUGGCACCUAUUGCUUUUCAUGCUUGGCUGUAUGGCAGGGGUGGGGAUGAUGUACAUCAUGAGAAGGUACUGGUAGCCAACACUUUCCCUCUGGACAUGAGGGGUGUGAAAGGCACUGUAGCUUUUGGAGGCAAAAGCCACUAUAAUGUUCUUGUGGGGAUGAUGUAAUUCUGCAGUUGCCUGAAUUCAGAGCUGUGCUCACAGGCCACAAGAGAAUCCAUCACUCCUGCCUGUCCAGCUUCCAGCUCAAAAGUGGCUUUGGUACUGAUUUCCAUAAAAACAUCUAUUUCUUAGCAUAAUAGUCAUGGGCUGCAGAGGUGAAUUUGCCUGGCUCUGCCUUUUUGCUCUGUAAAGUUCUCACACAUAUAGUGGCUUUACUUCUUCCUGGAGCACUGCCUGGGGUGGUGUCACUCUGUUCCCAAUGUGAAAUAGACUGUAAUUUGCACAGGCUGUUCCUCAAACUUUUAUAGAAGAAUGAAAGUUUGGAUUUGUUUCCAUCACUGAAGUGUCUGGAAAAAGAGAGGGAAAAUGAUUAAGAACUUCAAACACUUGAAAACUGAAGAAGAGGGGAAAAGCUGGAGCAAAUAGAAGGAAAAAAGUAAGUAGCAGACACUGCCUAAAAGAGGACUGCAUUUAGAGACAAUAAGGUUUAUAUUUUGUGGUCUUAUGUGCAAAUCUCACCACAGGAACAUUUCAAAACCAGGGCCUGGAGUUUGGUCCCCACAGACCUCAAAACAGUUCUAGAAUGGGGUACAAUUGACAAGUGUUAUGGAAACAGGGGGAAACAUAAAUAGCUACAGUUUGUCUUCACAAAACUGUCAGAAAUCUGUCCACAGAGAUCAAAUGUCAUGUCUCUGUGAUCUGAUGUAUGCUCCACAACCAAAACCACAAAAGACAAUGUACUACAUUUGUUUUAAGGGUACACGUGAACUCAGCAAGCAGUUCUUGGGGUGAGAAACAAUACCUUUAAACCUUCAUAUGUUUGCUAAUUAAAAAUAAAAAUAAACUACAAAGUUA